AGCAGAGAGAAGGAAAGGAGGCAGAGACCCCAGCAGUGAUGAAGUCAUGGUAAAUCUGCUCCCCCCCAUGCUGAAAAGGGACCCGCUGCACACUGCAGCCCCAGCAGAGAGAGGAAGUCAGCCCACACCACAGCAUGACUUUCACCAGCGUGCUGCACAUCACAGCUCUGUUCCUGAUGCAAGGGGAUUUUCCAGAUGCUGGAGGUGAAACCAUAACUCUAAAGGAAGGAGAGGACCUGAACCUCCGCUGCGCCCUCAGCAGUGAUGAUGGGUCUGCCCUGCAGUGGUUAAACCCUCAUGGGUUUGCCAUUUUUCUCAACACCCAGCGGGCUUUAAGAGAUCAGAGAUACAAACUUAUCCAUUAUUCAAAGGAUGAAUUAUCCAUCCAACUGUCUAACAUAACAGUGCAUGAUGAAGGUGUAUAUAAAUGCUUCUACUAUGGCAUCCCCUUCAAAAGCAAGAACAAGACUGUUAAGGUAUUAGCUGCUCCUUCUAAUCCAGUACUGGAAGUAUCCAGAAACACAGAAAGAAGCGUUAUACUGUCUUGCUAUACCCAAGGAUGCAAACCACAGGCCCAGAUUACCUGGCUGUUGGACAACGGGAUAGAACUCCCUGGUGACACUAAGCACAAGUUAGAAGCUGAUGGGAAGAAAUGGACCUCAACCAGCACACUGACAGUCCUUGCCUAUGGGCCCAAUUCAACAGCCAGCUGCAUCAUUCACCACCAAGCACUAAGAGAAGAGAAGCUGAUGGCAUCUUUCCCAUUUGAGGACCUUGCUAGGACAGGUACUGCAGGCUCCUUCAGCAUGGCAAAAACAAAUCCAGCACCAUCUAACCCAGAGGUGGAUACAGGUGUCUCUGAGAACGAUCAAACUACAGUUCCUUCAGGAUCCGAACAACCAACCUCUUCUGCAGUACCAGAGGAUCCACUAGUUCCCAGCUCAGCAGCAACACCGACCCAUCAAACCCUCCAACCAGACAUCACAUCUACUUGGACUGAAGCAGCAGUUGGUGGCAAUGUCACAGAAGGGGAAGUUUCCAGGACAGAAACCCUGCUACCGAGGGGAAAUGUAACUGUGAUUUGCACCCUCACCUCUGACAAAGACGUGAAAUCUGAAAGCAUGGAAAAGAAAGAGAAAAAUCUCUUGCUGCCCAUCUUGGUGGCUGUUCUGAUUUUCGUGCUGCUCAUCAUUGUCCUGCUUUUUGUGAGGAAGCUGAAGAAAGCUCAUGGAGUGUGGAAGAGAGAAAAUGAUGUUUCAGACCAGACUCUGGAGAGUUAUAAAUCCAAAUCUAAUGAAGACAGUCCAGGCCAUGAGAAGAACAGACAAGGUGCCAAUCAGAAGUCCAACAUGCAAUAUGUAACAGCAGGAUAUGUGGAAACAAUGCAGAAGAAUCCCAGAGACAAAACCAUUGCAAUAAGUGAGAAACUGUUUGGAUGUGGAAAGGAAACAAAUGUAUAGCUAUAGUAGAUCUGUACGAUGUGCAGAAACACCAGUGUUUCCUGAUCUUCAUAUUACAGCAUUCAGGUACCAAUAUGAUUUCAAGGAGCAGAACUACAAACAGCUACCCUCAACCCAAAACCCGCUUUGGACUGCUUUCCUUUAAACAGUGGGGCAGGUAGAUAGGACUGGUGGUCCUAGAAACCUAUUAGCAAUGAAGACAGCGAUUUAUCUGUAGUCCUCAAAGGAUUUAAAUAACCACUGCCAGAAACAGAGCUCAUCAGUCCUGUCUCAGAUCCUACCAGCAGUGAGGGUCUUGGCAAAGGAACAUGCAGGUAUUCCAAGGACUGCAGGAUAUGAAGACAUUCAUGUAAUUCUGCAAGCAUGGGACUGAGCAGGAAACCCUGGGAGCUGCAGACCUACUGGCACUUGUGUUGCCUUAUUCUCACCCCAAACCUGAAGAUCCAGCUGUAUUUAACCAAGGAAGAAAGCAUCCUGAUGACCAAAGAGUUAAAAACACCAAGGUUGCUCCCCCAUGCUAGAACUCCUGCUUUAGUUUCUCACCUGUACAAUGGCAGCAUCAUUCUGUGCCAUGCCAGACUGCAUCAGCACUAGUUUGCAAGGGGCUCUGAAACCAGAACAUCUGGGUACUACACUUGUACUCCCACGUCAUCUAAACUUCCAGGGGUGUCACUGAGACUAUGGAAGCUUUCAAACGUGGGUUAUCAAAGGUGGAGAUGAUAUUGCAUACGGGACUCCCCAGAUCCAGGGAG